AGCAAUUCAAUUAUAAUGGAGCGUUGGUCGAAACGUGUUGCUGUGGUCACCGGGGCCAGCUCCGGCAUUGGCGCCGUUAUUGCAAAAUAUCUCGCUAAUAACGGUAUGGUGACUGUGGGCUUGGCGCCACGCAUAGAACGUAUCGAAUCACUGCGCGAUGAAGUGGAAGACGAAGCAAAGGAACGCAUACAUGCACUUAAAUGUGAUGUCACCGAUGAACAGCAAGUUGUGCGAGCCUUUGCAGAGAUUGAGAGCUCAUAUGGCCCCAUUGCUGUUUUGGUCAACAAUGCGGGUGUUGCACACACCAGCACGACACUGCUGCAGCCUAAAAAUCUACAAGAUAUACGUGAUGUUAUCGAAACCAAUAUUCUUGGCGUGAUCAUAUGCACUCGUGAGGCAUUCCGUUCGAUGAAGACGCAGGGCGAUGACGGACAUGUCUUUUUGAUUAAUAGUGUCUGUGGUCACAAGGUGCCGAUGUUUCCGAAUACCACAGUUAAUGUUUAUCCGCCUUCAAAAUUCGCAAUCACCGCCUUAACUGAGGUCUAUCGACAGGAAUUCCUGGAUCAGCAAACAAAAGUGAAAAUAACGAGUAUCAGCCCUGGCUUGGUGAAAACGGAGAUUCACGUUGAUGAAACUCGUGAGGCGCUAGCGAGUAUGCCCUAUCUCAAAUCGGAGGAUAUUGCUGAUGCCUUGAUCUAUUGUCUACAGACUCCACCAAAUGUGCAAGUCCAUGAGCUGACCAUUAAACCAAUUGGCGAAACAAUUUGAACUAUAAUUUCAUUGAAAGAAUAAAAGUUAACUGAACACUAUAAGGCGUUCAACCGAAAAUCGACAGAAAAUCCAA